AGAGGAUCGGGUGCUCCUCACAGAUGGCCUUCCAGCCCCUGUACUAGCACACUGUAAACAAGGCAACCCACAGUAUCCAGAAGUUACACUCCAGCCAACAUAUAACUUAAUCAUUACUGGAGUGUGUGGUCGUGUGCGGUGCUUGUAAGUAUAUCAUUAAGUAGAGGCUAGAAACAGCAAGAUGCAGUAUUAAGAGAGAACUGGAGAAAGGAGGAGGAGCCGAACAUGACAAUGGGAACUAUAAACAUUUACUGUCCCUGGGAGGACAGUGCCCCCGAGCCACUCCUGGAUAUAUGUGGAAAAUUUGUAAUAACCCAUCCUGAGACCUUCUGUGUGCAACACCAUGAGACGGGUGUGUGGCGUCUCAGGCCUGGUGUCGCUCUGCCGACAGAAAUAUGUGAAAAGUUGAUAAGCUUGUGGCAAGAUAGAGAUCCAGAGUUACUGGAUGAUAAGUUUAUUAAUAUAUUCAAAGACUUGACGAACACGAGGUUAAAACGAAUAACUUUAAGAAACUCUGGAGUGUCUGAUGAUGGCCUGAAUCUCUUACUUUCUCAUCAUUUAGUAGAGCUAGAUAUUAGUAACUGUAGUAAACUCACAGAAAGAACAUUAGAAAAUAUUAAUAGAGUUGGUGACAGUCUGACAGCUUUAGUGAUUGGAAAAACAAAAGACAUUCUGCCAGACUCAGUGUUUUCACCAUCACAACCAGAAUCCAGUGACAGCUCAGAUUCGAGUCCUGUUAGCGAAAUCAAACAACGGGGAUUCAUCUUAAGAACGCCAAAGUUGAAAAAGCUGGUGGUACGAGAGCUUAUUCAACCGAAAGAAACAGAGUACUUUGCUCUUCUGUUGAAGCCACUCACAAAGCUUACCCAUCUGGACUUGUCAGGCUGCUUCUUCCUCCGUGAUGUGACGUACAUCCUCCCCAUGAAGUAUCUAGUCUCAAUAAACCUGCACAGUGUCCAGAGGAUACAAGAGGUUAUCCCAGCCAUCUCGGAGGUGAAAACUCUAAAGUUCGUUGAUGUGUCUCAAGCCAACCAAAAGUACGGUGUGUUUGACUCCCCAGACAAUGUUCUAGCCAACUUAGUGUCAAGUUUACCCAACCUAACUAGUCUUGACAUUUCUGGCACAAAUCUGUCAGGGGAUGGGACCUUUGAUGAAUACAGGGACACUAAUGAGAAAAUUAAGUGUGAUGUGACAAUGGAGACCGACCUGUGUGACAUCCCAGGUCUUAGAAGUCGCAUAAAUAGCCCGUUGGAGUUCUUGGGGCUGUACAACACUGUUCAUGAUGCCUGUCACAGAAAUCACAUACCUGCUAAAGUGAUCACGGGUGAUGCAAGUGAAGAACAAAUUUUGGCAGCUACAGCUGCAUAUCUCGACAGACCAGAGGUACUGGUCAAGGCUUUAAAUGAGCUUUUCCAUAUCUUCCGCUUUGAGACUUGUCAUGAUCAACAGAGGGCACUGAACCUAAUCCUGCUCUCUAUGUUGAGACAUCGUGAAGAUAAACAUAUCCAAAUAUCUGGAAGUGCAUCGCUGUUCUACAUUGCAAAGGGCGAGGAUAAGAAUAGCUUAAACGUGAGAGCAAGACAAAAGAUGAUAGUAGUGUUGCUAGAUGCAAUGGAGACACAUCUUGAUGACUCAACCAUGAUGCGUAAUGGCUGUCUCACCCUCUGCCAGUUCAGGAUACCUCAAGAUGUGCUAUUUGAGUACCGCCGUCUGGUACAGUUGCUACUACGGUUGAUCCGAGGAAGAGGUGACGGGGAUGACUUUGUACGUCGAAUUGCCAUUUAUCUCCUGAACUCUCUGGCUUGUCAGGUGGAUGGGGAGCAGAAGGAAUUAGUCGGGGACCUUGGUGCUAUUGAAACAAUGCUGAGGCUGAUAAAUGACAGGUUGAAUCGGCACAUGCACGAUGACAUGUUAGAAAUUGCUUGGUCUGCCAUGUGGAAUGUUACUGAUGAGACUCCUGUCAACUGCUUGCGGUUUCUAGAUGGCCAGGGUAUGACCUAUUUCCAAAAGUGUCUUAAGGAAUUUCCUGACAAGCCUGAGUUACUAAGAAACAUGAUGGGCUUGUUGGGUAAUGUGGCUGAGGUGAAGGACCUUAGGUGUCGCCUCAUGACUUCAGAACUUCUCACAACCUUUGCUGACCUCCUAGACUCCAACUCUGAUGGGAUUGAGGUAAGCUACAAUGCUGCAGGAGUGUUGUCCCAUAUUGCAAGUGGGGGUCUGGAGGCUUGGACCAUAGAUCGCCCAACAAGAAAUGAGGUGUUAGAGAGGAUGGUGGCAGCAAUAGAACGGUGGGAUUUAACAUCAAAGCGGAAUAUCAAUUACAGAUCAUUUGAACCCAUCCUGCGACUUCUAGAAGUUCAUCAUACACCUCAGUGUCAACAUUGGGCAGCUUGGGCACUUGCCAAUCUCACGCGAGUAUACCCUGAUAAAUAUUGCUCCUUAGUUGAGGAGGAGGGAGGCAUUCAGUUGCUGCAGGCGCUUCUCAAAUCUCCAAUGCCUUACCAGCGUAUCAAAGCUCUCGCCAGAAUUGUAAUUACCCAGUGCCAACACUAUAAGGAAUACGGUUCCCUCGAACACAUGGAUUACGAUUCGGACUGAUAAUAUUUGAUGAGUAUGAUGUCAUUGUGCAGAAAUAAUGAGGAUCCUCCUGCAACAUGCUUGUGUGUGAUACUUGUCCUUCAUUUGGUAGUUAGCAUGAGAUUGGUAGUAGAUGUUCUCGGGGAAAUUUCAAUAAAAACGACAUGAAUAGUUGAGAUGCUGUAGGGUGAGGAUGUCUUCUACAUGUUAUUUUACCCAUGUCAACUUCAGGUGUUGUUGGCAGACAUGUAAUUAACACGGUUGUUAUCCAAAAUUUUAGUUGAAGUUUUGAGCUUUCCUAAAAUAAUUUUUGUUCUAAUUUUGUACCCCAUUGUCAGAAUGGCAUUUAGAUUUUUUUGGGCACAGGACUAUGAGCAUAAACUGUCAGAUUGUCUUGUAUUAAGUAAGUUUUCAGAAUAUAUAACUUGAUACUCUUUUAUCUCCUGCAUUGUAUCCUUUUAUAUAGCAGAUGAAGAUAGAGUUACAGCACAGUAAACACUGGCUAGUUCCAACUGAUUCUGUUAAAAUAUCUGCAACCAACCCUAUACCCUUGGCUUUUCAUCACCCCAAGCCCAGAUGAGCUCUCAAUAUAUUUUAGAUGAUAUAAUUGUUUAAAUUUACAAGAUAGUGCUAAGCACCAAAUUCAUAUUUAGCCAAAUCACCAGUUUCAUAUUGUAUAACUCGUACAGAUUAAAAUAAAUUAUGGGUGAGAAUAAGCUUUAGAAGUUGAGCCAUUCUGGAGUCAUUGUUUAUUUAUUCUGUUUUAUUUUUCUUCCUCUCAGUAGCUUAAGACGUAUACAACCUAUACAUGAUUAUUUGCCAGCUAACGGAAGAGAGGAAUACUGUACUGAUGUUCUAGAAUGAUGUUUUACCGCACGAUUUGACAAUUUAAUUUCUAUGAAAACUAGUUAAGACAGUACAAUAAUAUCAAGUUUUCAGGGUAACAAAAGCUAUUUUGUCAGCAAAUCCCAUGUUACUGGGAAGCUUACACUAUUGAUAUUAUAAAUUUAUGAAAUCCUUUUUCAGAAGUGUAGAAUAGUGAGAUUUUUUAUAUGUUCAAGAAAUGUACGGAUAGGUUGUUUUACUCAUUUAUUUUAAAAGGCUUGCAAUUUCAGAUUAACCACAGUUUCUUUGUUUCAUUUUUUUUUCUUUUUUACUUGUUAAUCUGGAAUUAUUAAAUGAAUUAAAAAACAUGUAAAUAAAUUAUCCCACCAGAUGCUUUGACAGUUGAUGACCCAAACAAUUUAUACCGAUUGUUUUGGCUCUACAAUAUAAAGAAAAAUUUUGUUCCAUGAUUUAUGAGAUACUGUAUACAACACUACUGUAAUUUUUAUGACUUGCUCUGGAGGUCAAUAGCAUUAAUAAGAAAAUCACAUUCAUUUGCUAGUACAGUAUUUUAUUCAGAUUUGGUAUCAAGAAAAUGCUAUGCAAAUCACUCCUAAUGUGGGAUUUACUAAAUUUUAUAUAAAUUAGUGCUGAAGUAUUUAGUUACCCGUAUAUACCUUGUGUGUCUACCUUGGGUAUAUAUAUAUAUACCUUGUGUGUCUACCUUGGGUAUAUAUAUAUAUACCUUGUGUGUCUACCUUGGGUAUACUGUACUGUUAUGUUGGUUAAAGAAUGAGAGAAUCAAAGUCAUCAUCAUCUCCCUUUAUUUUAUAACUUUUUGCUUCAUUACACUGACAUUAUAAUGCUAUCCUUUACAUCAUAUUUUAUCUACAUCUGUAAUUUUGAGUGUAUUAUGCAGACAAAACUGAUUUCUUACAGGGGCAGCUUUAACUGGUUGGUAGGCUACUUUGAUUACAAUUGUAAGUCUUGAGUUUUAUCAAAUAACUAUACCUAACUCUGCAAUGUAUUGUUUGCCAUAGUGUCUGCAGGACUGGUCACCAUGCUCUUCACUUCUGGAUAAAGAUUCUCCCUGAUAAAUUGGUUACAAGCUCUUGCAGUGAUAUUUGUGUAAAUAUGCUAUCGUUUUUUUAUCAACUACCUCUGUUGCUGUGGUGCAAUAUAACUUAUUCUAACUCUACAAGAAUAUUGUGAACACAUUCAUUAUUACAAAGGUCUUCAGGUUUUUAUUAGAAGUUCAUGAAGGAACAGUACUGUAUUCUUUUGACUAUCAAGCUGAAGUAUAUUGUUACAAAGGAUCUAACACCAAGAAAUGAAGGAUUUUGGCAAUAUGUAAAUCUUUUUAAAUGUGUAGUUCUCACUGGUUUUCUGUUGUCAUUAUAAAAAUUAUCUGAAUUGUAUAUUUAGACCUUUUUAUAAUGCAGAAUGACCCACUUAAUUUUAUAAUUCUCAAAAAAUAGUUAAAUUUGAAUACUGUACAAUGAAAUUAUCUUUGAUCCCAUCAUCCUAUUAAACCCUGAAGAAUAUCAUCAAUAUUAAUCAUUACAAGGGCUUUUAAUUUAAUUUUGUUAUUUAUCAUUUUACUACUUAUCAACUUAAUAGCCAUUUGGCCUGUUGGUCUGUUGUUUGUUACUUUGUUAUGAAUUUAAUUGUCCAGUGUUAAUACAGGAGGAAUCCUGUGAUGUUUGGUUGUGUCACACUGGAUAACACCCUUCCCACAUCUGUCCCUGGCCAGAACUCAAACCCAUGACACAGUUGUGAGAGAUACAUGCAUUAUUGCUGUACCAUCACCACCACCUUCUCUGUAUCAUUUUGUUCUAUAACAUUAUGUAAUGUGUAUGAUGCUGCUAAACUUUUACAUAAAAUUUAUUAGAUUC